AUGCUGGGGAGCACCGGCGUUCCUGCUGCCGGAGGUUCCGGAGGUUCUGCCUCCGGAGGCUGUGCAGCCGGAUGUGGAGCGGCCGGCUCCACUGGAAGCAGUGGCAACUGGGAACAGCUCGCUCAGAGGACUGGAAUUUGGCAGCUGCCAAAUCGCGGGGUGGCGGUGUUCCACGAGUCGCCAGCACAUGCUGAAACCUUUUGCAGCAAGCUGAAAGAAGAGCUGCAGAGGUAUGAGUUUGGGGCUGUGCGAUUUGAGAACAUCGAUGUCUCCAGCGUGAAUUGGGAAGAGGGUCACUUGUCACAGCUCUUUAAGAUCUUGCAGAUGGCUGGGGCAAGCUCGCAAAGAAUCAAGGCUUUCAGAUGUGGUGCUAAAGAUCCGUCAGUUCUCAGCCUUUGUGAGUGGUUGGCGUGCACAGAAGCCUCCAAGAUCCCGCAAGAGAUUCACCUGUCCCACAACGACCUCACUACGGGUUCGUUGGAGGCCUUGAUCACAGUCUUGGAGGUGAAAAGCUUGAGACAUCGGCCGAAUUUCCCCUACUGGAUUCGCAUCGAGGGGAAUCGGAUGUCCACGAGCUUCAUCAACGAUCUUGCAAAGGAUGGCAAAGCAUGCUUGGCAGUAGGCAAAUGCUCUACCCGCUCCUGUGAAUUGAUGCAGCAGGGCCAACCGCCUUCAUUGCUGCAUCUUCGAUUUGGCGCCAACCAACGAGCGGUACCAGCGAAUCAAGCUGUCUUUCCUUCUGUUGCGAGCUCCUUGAGUGGUGUGGCUCCACAGGAUGGAUCAGAAACCGCUGCAGCAUUCCCAGCCUCAGAGGAUAGAUCACCCCUGCUGAAAAAAAUCGAAUCUGCACAUGCCAUGAUGCAGGAACUUCGAGCAGCUUCCUGUGAACCGAUCAGAGCAUUAGCAGAGAAUGCAGCAAUAGUUGCCCAAGAGGAGCUGGUGGAGGCGGCUCACCAGGCGAACACCGCUGCCAGAGCGGCUUGGCAGGUGAAGACCACCGAGAAUUGUCCUUCGCAAGCUGAGAUGCAGUGGCAACAGAUGCAGGCUGGGCAGCAGCAACAGCAACAGCAGCAGCAGCAGCAAUGGCAGCAAUGGCAACAGCAGCAGUUGCAACAGCAGCAGUUGCAACAACAACAGAUGCAAGCGCAGAUGCAGAUGCAGCAGCAGAUGCAGUGGCAGGCAGAACAGCAGAAACUGCAACAGCAGCAGCUGCAAGCACAAUGGAAUCAACAGCAAUGGGCUCAGCACCUUCAGCAAAGCCAGCAGUCCAUGCAGCAGCCUGUGAUACAACAGCCCGUGAUGCAGCCAAUGCAAACCAUGCAACCGAACCAGAGCGGAGCUCCACAGCAGACGGACCAGACGUUGGACGAGGAAAUUCUUCGGUUGCUCAAGGAGGCCCGAGCUGAAACAGCGACCUCGCCGAAGAAACCAGAGGCGACUAGCCAGCCAGCUGCAGACGAGAGGAAUUCGAGAGCAAAGGCAGCCGCAGCAGCUGCUGCAGAAAUUGAAAAACGCAUGAAGGAGCAAGACAAGCAGGACGAGGAACCGAAAGGACCGAAGCUGAGUGAGCAAAAAGAAGAGAAGACAAAGACAGGAGAGAAAGAGGCGAAGGAACAGAAGCAACAGAAAGAACAGACUGACAAGAAGGAAGCGACACAACAGAAGAAGCAGAAGGAACACAAGGAACAGAAACAAGACAAACCAGAGAAAGCAGAGAAGGUGAAAGAUCCAAAGGAAUCAAAGGAGAACAGUGUUGAACAGAAAUCGACAGCUACAGCGAGUAAAGUUGCAUCUUCAAACCCCACUCAAGUCACACACGUUGUUGACUCCCCGGAGAGGAAAGAAGCCCAGACUUCUGCUGGAUCUGCUGAUCCACCUUGGCGUGCCCAUCGGAGGAGAGCAGACAAGAAACCCGGCAGCAGAAGUCCGACGCGGCCACUGCGCAGGACCAGAAGGUCUCGCUCCCGCAGCAGGAGGCAACACAGAAGAACAAGGAAGGUGCGGUCACCCUCAAGGCGUGCCAAAAGUCCAAGCCCUCCACCUCUGAAGAAAAAACCUCCAGGAGCAAAUCCAAAGACGAAAUCUUCGCCAAAAGUGGCAGUUCCAGACGUUGGGAAAGCCAAGACCAUUGUCGUUGAAGAAGACAAAGCGGCCGAUGAAGCCAAGCAGCAGGAAAUGAAAGAGAGGAGGGAGCGAGCCGCUGAAAUCGCCAGCCUCAAGUCUGCGGUGUCCCAACUAUUUGGAGGGAUGAUGUAGAGUUGUGAGUGAUUCGAAACCGGGUGCUUCUCCAAUGAUUUGCAGAG